AUGAGUGAUUAUGCAUUUUGCGUAUAUGCAAGCCUCUUCCUUGUCUUCUGCCUCGGCCCAGUGGCUCGUAUCCGCCUUUCUCCCUCUCUCUCUCUCUCUCUAUCUGUGCCCCCCCCCUUCGGCUCCGGGGCAACGUGAUGGGGAGGGGGGAUGCGAUCGGUAUUCGUCGGCAAUCACCAUCCCCAGAUAGGCGCACAGACUCAGAGACGAAGACACGCACAAGCAGCACAAGCGGACAGGUCGGAGAGCAAUUCGACGAGGGGCUCGAGCCUGUCCGAGGCGAAUUGCGUCGCAGGAGUGGAAACGGACGAACAACGGCUUGAGGGGCGGGAAUCGGAGCAGGCGACGGACGAUGACGACGCGAACAUCUUCAUUCGCCCCUCUAUGCUUCUAUCGUUGGAAUCGACAUUGGCAUCGUCGCCUGCUUAUCACUCUAUCUCCCCCCCAAUCUUUACCUUCGCCCUCGCCCUCGCCCUCGCCUUUGUCUAUGUUUAUUCGCUGUUGGGCCUGUUCGACCGUAGUUUAGCGCCAAAUACCGGUUUGGGCAAAAAUGAACAACUGACCGUCUGCGUUGUGAAGAUUAGGCGGUUUUCAAUGCACCCCUUCCCAUAA